UGUAAAAGCCACACGGUGUAGUUAACGCCAACUUCCAUAACCGUUUCUGGGACAAACUGACAAAUAGCGCAACCCUUUGAUUUCUCCACUCUGCCACCCUCUCCUUCUUCCCUAAAUUCCCCAAAUCUUCUCCUUACACGCAAAGAAUCCAUCUUUUUACACCUCCCCACAUAAAACAAUUCCUUUCCCUUUCCCUUUCCCUUUGUAAUCUGAUCACUUAAAUUAGUUAUUAACAUUGAGAAAAACGGUGUGAUCGAUUAGUUCAAACAAAUUAAAGUUUUAUUCAGCAGUUUCCUGAAUCUGGAAACGUUCAUACAAAGGCCAUGAUCUUAUCUGGGUAAGUCGAGUCAUUAGGGCUUUGUUCUCUCGAUUUUUGACAUGUUUUUUGUCGUUUCCGAGGUAGAUCGAUCGAUCAUGGCGGUAGAAGUUGCAGUAUUUUUUAUGAUGAUGAUGAUGGCGAUGAAAUCUGCAUUUUGUGACGAUACAAAUCCUGUUUUCAAUCCGUGUUUAGAUACACAGAUUCAGAAAUGGGAUGGUUUCACGUUCGGUUUGGUGUUUUCAUCCAAAGAUAAUUUCUUUUUCAAUCAAACUCAGCUCUCGCCCUGCGAUCGCCGCCUUUCCCUUUCCGGAAAGUCCGCCCCGCUCGCUGUUUUCCGGCCUAAAGUCGACGAGAUUUCGCUCCUCACCCUUAACAGCUCCACCUUCAAUCCUAGACUCGCCGGUGGUUAUAUGGUUGCGUUCGCCGGCCGGCAAUACGCCGCUCGAUCCUUCCCUGUUCUUGUAGCCGACAAGUCUCACAUCAUCACUAGCCAUACCUUGGUUCUGGAAUUUCAGAAGGGAACUCUGCAAAAUCUGUACUGGAAGAAGUUCGGGUGUGAUUCCUGCAAUGGCGAUUCCUUUAUCUGCCUUAACAACACAGACUGCGCAGUCCAAAUCAACAAGUGCAACGGCAACAGCGGCGGCACCAUCGACUGCAACCUGAGCAUACAGUUGGCGUUCUCCGGCACCGACAAGAACGACGAUGUCUUCAACAGCUGGUACGAGGUUAAGAAUCUCAGACAGUAUUCACUCUAUGCACUCUACUCCAAUCUCCGCAAUUCUAUCACCAAUCCAUUCCAGAACCUCUUCUAAGCCAUCAGAUCACAAGUUCCCAGGAUUGUCUGCAGGCUGAUAUAUACUAUAAUGUCUGUGCCACAAACUUCAUGUUCAUGCGAGAAGGUAACAUAGUUUCAUAGUUUUGAUUUGUUGCAUCUAUUAUGUAUGCUGUGUAGAAGCUUUUGAAGUUUCUGGUUGUAAAACAUGUUUCAUCCUCAGUAAUUUUGUAGAAUCAUGUUAUCCUUCCAUGA